UACUUGUUAUAAAGUAAGUGUUAAUUCAAAAGCUUUGGACCAAAUUAGGGAGGAAAGCAAAGCGCCCAAAUCGAACGCAGGAAGCCAAUAGGGACGAUCGCGACAUCGACAGAGCGAAACAUGCCUCCCCGUAAAGAACCCUGCCGGAACUUCCAGCGUGGAUACUGUCAGUACGGCGAACGUUGCAAGUUUCUUCAUGUUAAUCCGCAGCAAGCAAAACCAAGUCCAAAUCCUUUUGGAUUUGGUACACAGAACACUUCUCAACCUCAAAAGUCCAACCCAUUCGGGUUUGGCACACAAACCGCUACUCAACCGCAAAAGCCCAACCCGUUUGGGUUUGGCGUUCAGAACAACUCUAAAGCUAAUCAAUUCAAGCCUGGUGAAAAUAAGUGGAGCCGGUUUUCUCCAAGUGGUGGUAAUCCUACAGCCCCGCAAAAACAAGACAGCCAGUCUUCAGCACCUAACCAUGUUUGCACGGAUCCAGAGUCUUGCAAGCGCCAGAUUAGUGAAGAUUUUCAGCAGGAGAAACCACUUUGGAAACUUACAUGUUACGGUCAUAGCAAAUACGGGCCUUGUGACAUCAUUGGUGAUGUUAGCUAUGAAGAACUACGAGCUUCUGCCUAUGAUGAUGCUAAACGUGGGACCAACGUUCAGUCAAUUGUUGAGAAAGAGAGGAGUUUACUUAAUUCCAAGUUGAUUGAAUUCGAAAACCUACUUAGGAAUCCUUACAAACCUCCGUCAAAUUCAAAUCUUAAUACCCAAAAUACCCUUCCUGGUACCAGUACAAAUACAUUCCCUCAAACGGUUCAAAACAAUGCCCCUCCUGCGGUUUCAAGUUUCAACCAGUUGGGUUCAUCCUUCAAUACAGGUUUCCAAAUGAGAGCGCCCGCUCCAAAUAAUGCUUUCGGUCAAGUAAAUCAGUUCCAAGCUCCUACUCAGAUAUCAAACGCACCCCAAAAGAAUACUUUUGCAUUUGGAAUUCCAGGUCAACUACUGGGCAGUCAACCUUCUACACAGUCAUUUGUUAGCCCUGUCCAAGCCACAACACCUACCUUUGCCAACGCUUUCUCUGCUGCAGCUUCACCGAAUCUUAAUAUAUCAAGUCAACAGCCGUCUAUGCCGUUUGGUACUCAAAACACAAGUCAACAGCCGUCAAUGCCAUUUGGUAAUCAAACUAGUCAACAGCCGUCUAUACCGUUUGGUGAUCAAAACUCUUCUGCAAAAGUUUUUCAUGAAUCAAUCACCAGUGUUAAUACGCAAAACGUUCCACAGUCGAAUAAUAAUGAGCACGACAGUAUAUGGUUCAAAGAUGAAUGGAGAGCAGGAGAGAUUCCUGAAGAAGCACCUCCAGAAGGAGUAAUCUUUUAGGGAAAGUGCAGGAUCUCUAAUAGAGCAGAAAUGAAAGUUUCUUAUUUCUUUUUGUAGCACUGUACAUGGUUCUUUAGAACAAAGUGAUUGAUUUAUUGAUAGAUUUACCAUAACUUUGUAUUGUUGACCAAUUAUAUUGAUCAAAUUUUGACCUUUUUAUACAAGAACAAAAUAGAUGUUUGAAGCUUUACAAUUCA